AAUUUAGCGUGCAAUAUCUUUACCUGAAGACAGUGAAGUAUUUGCUAAAAAGAACAAAAAAUGAAAUCAGUUUUUCUGUCUUUCAUGUUCGUCCUUACUUUGAUCACUCCUCACUUCCCCAGUUCAGCUUCUCUUCCUUUCGUUGUCAUCCAUGGCAUUGGACAAGAUUGUAGAGCUAAGAAAGUUUCUGAGCUCAUUAACCAGUUAAGCCAUUGGUCAGCUACUGACGGAUAUUGCAUAGAAAGUAGCCAUGAGCUCCUGGCUUUUACCCCUGAAGGAUCAGGCGGCGAUUGCCUGCAGCAAGGUGAAGCAAAUGAAGGAGCUUAAUCAAGGUUAUAACAUUAUCGGUCUCUCUCAGGGAAAUUUAAUCGCAAGAAGCAUAAUUGAGUUCUGUGAUGGAGCACCAAAAGCAAAUAACUUCAUCUCAUUAGCAGGGCCGCAUGCUGGAAUAGGUUCACCACCUUUCAGCCUUUUUAGAGGGAUGCACUCUGUAGCAGCAAAACUUAUGAAUUUUGGUAUCUACAGAAAAUUUAUCCAGAAAAAUUUGGCUGUCAGUGGUUAUAUAAAAAUCCCAAAUAAUAUUCCUUCAUAUCUCGAAAAUUCUAAAUUCCUUCCGAAGCUUAAUAACGAAAUAGCAAAUGAAAGAAGCUCAAUCUACAAAGAAAGAUUCAAAAGUUUAGAGAACUUGGUGCUUAUUAAGUUCGACAAUGAAAACGUUCUAAUUCCAAAAGAAACCUCAUGGUUUGGGUAUUACCAGGACCAUUCCUUCCGUUGUGUGCUACCUGUCCGAGAGGUGAAUUAUCCUUUCGAGUUUGGCUCUUUGACUGUUACCCUGCAUCAAAUUUAUUUUUAUGUUUCUGAAACGCAGACGAAGCUUUUCGUUGAAGAUUGGAUUGGUUUAAAAGCACUAGAGGAAGCAGGGAAGGUCACUUAUGUAACUUUACCAGGAGAUCAUCUAGCAAUCUCAGAUGAUGGUUUGAAAAAAUACAUUGUGCCCUUCUUGAAGAACAAAGACUUGGGAUGGCAUAAUGCAACAACACCACGCGUACUUGUGCCUGACUUGAAACCAAUCUUAUUGAGGUUAAAAAGGCAAUGUCCUAAAGACGUGCAGGUGAUAAGACGGUAAUACCUCCAUGACAAUUCCAGAUCGUAGAUUGUUGCCAUCACAAUAGUAUGUGUAUUAUAGUUAGGGCUCCUAUGAAGGUUUAUCAUCCUAAUAAAUUUUUUGUUUCAAUA